ACGAUAAAGUGGGUGUUGUGGGGAGUGGGAGCAGAAAGGAAGUUCUUCCUUCCAUGGCAUGUGAAGGAGUAUCAUCAAGCUGGAAGAGGUGGAGAAGAAGAUGAUCACCCCCACCUCCAUGAUUCUUCUUCCGACGACGCCGCCGCCGCCCACCACGAUGCCGUCGCUGCCGAACCCUCAGCGGCGUCCCACCCAUCACUGGGCGACAGAUCCAUCUUCGACCGCCCCCAACCUUCCUCCGCUAGCGGUCUUCCUUCUGCAUUCGAUGCAUUCUCCGAAUUGUUUAUGUUCAAAAUGCUUCUGGAUGGCCUCAAUUGAAGUGCUGGCCUUAGGUGCUAUUUGGCAAGGAGACACGAUCAAUGAUAAGUGAAAAUGAUAUUUUUUUUUCUUAGGGUUGGUAACUAGGUAUAUUACUCUGAUGUGUUAAACUCGGCUGGCGGCUACUAUAGCUCAUAUGAAUGAAGAGUCUUUAGUUAACCUUUUGGACUUUAA